AUGGCGGCGUCGGCCCGCUGGGUGUUGUGCCUGUGCCUGGGAUGGGGCUGCCUGUGCCUGGCUCUGGGGGACGCGCUGCGGCCGCGCCGGCUCGGGCUGCGGCGCCGGCCGNCGGCGGACAGGGUGGCGGAGCACAUGCUGCGGCUCUACGAGCAGUACCGCGGCGGCCGAGAGCCGCCGACACCGGGCGCGCCGUGGCUCCGCCGGGGCAACACGGUGCGCGGCUUCCGCCCGCUGCCGGCAGGGAGCCCCGAGGGCCAGGAGAUGUACGUUUUUAACCUGACAUCACUCACGGAGUCUGAAAACGUCCUGUCAGCUUCGGUGUACUAUUAUGUAGGUGAUCUGCUGCACGUGAAGUGGAACUGUUCCCAGCCCAGCGGCUGUUCUCAUCACCGGCACGGCACACCUGAAAUUCAGAUACGCCUUUCCGUUUGGACCUUCCCUUCAGCUGGGAACCCGACUCGCAGCCUGGGACGUUUCCUCAUAAAUGUCUCCCCUGCCUACCAGGAUGUCCUUUCCUGGCAGUGGAAGGAUAUCACUCGGCUCCUGCACGAAGCAAAGCAAAACAACGAGCUGCUGAUCAGUGUUAAAAUGGAUCUGCCCGGCCGCCAUCCCUGGGAAAGGGCGUCUUCCUCCUACGAGCCCUACAUCCUGAUUUACGCCAAUGAUUCCGCUAUCUCGGAGCCAGAGAGCGUCGUCUCCACCUUGCGAGGACACCGCCAUCCUCCGGCCAGGGUCCUUCCCAAGGCAGAGGGCCCCAGGAGGAGCAGCAGCAACAGGCAGCGGAGGAAACGCUCCGCAGGCGCCCUGUUGCCGCUGCAGAACAACGAGCUGCCGGGAGCCAGGUACCAGUACGGCGAGGAGCGCCGCUGGGAGGGCACCAAGCCCUACAAGGCCUUCCAGCCACAGCUGGCAGACAGGGCCAGGAGUAAGAAGAAGCAGAGGAAGAGUCACGUGCAGAAGAGCCAGACUCUGCAGUUUGACGAGCAGACGCUGAAGAAGGCGCGGAGGAAGCAGUGGAACGAGCCGAGGAGCUGCGCCCGGCGCUACCUCAAGGUGGAUUUUGCAGACAUCGGCUGGAGCGAGUGGAUUAUUUCCCCUAAGUCCUUUGACGCCUACUACUGCUCAGGAGAAUGCCAAUUCCCAAUUCCAAAGGCCAUGAAGCCAUCCAACCACGCCACCAUCCAGAGCAUUGUGAGAGCCGUCGGAGUCGUUCCCGGCAUUCCCGAGCCUUGCUGCGUCCCUGACAAAAUGUCUUCCCUCAGUAUCCUGUUCUUCGAUGAGAACAAGAACGUGGUUCUGAAGGUGUACCCCAACAUGACAGUGGAGUCCUGCGCGUGCAGAUAGCGCCUCGGAGGCCUUUGGGCACCGCCGGGGUGGGUGGUGGCUGCCUGCCGGGGAAGGGGGUGGGCAGGAGUCUCGUCACACCUGCUCCGUGUUUGCACUGCCAAGGCAUUUCCUUUGGACAGGAAAGGGAACAUGUGAAGGUUUCCAGGCAGUCAGAAUGGGAGCGGGAUGGAUUCCAAACAGCCAUUCCAAGGAAAGUGAACACAAACUUCUCAUCCAAGAUGCUGGCCGAGACACCGGGCUUGGCAACGGGAGCUGACUCUACCUGCUGGAAGCGAGAGCUGGAGGAAGAACCUGCCGAUUGUUGAGACUGCCCAAAGGACUUAGUGAUCUAUUUCUGUACCAGAGUUUGGAAGCAGCACAGGCUGGUCCUCCUUAUCUCUGUUCUGACGCUGGGGAGAGGUUAGAAAUGUCGUAGUCUUCAUUUUAAAGCUCAGUUUCUUGCCUUAGGUUUUAGGGUAGUACAGCAAGGCGGCAAAACCAAUCUGACACCCCAAAAGCUGUAGGCAAGCCCACGUGUCCGUGCUCCUCCUUGGCAGGAGGUUACCCUCCUUGUGUGUGAAUUCCUGUGCGCUGACACGUGCUCUGUGCUCCAGCUCUUGGGAGCCUGAGGGCAUCGCUGACUGCUGCUAAAAGAAUGAAGUGUCGUGGUUCCUGGAACGCUCUCCCAGGUAACCUCUGGGCUGUCUGCCUGCAAGGGCGCUGUGGCCAGCUGUGCCGUGGCCUCUUGUCCCAGGUAACAAGCGACGGGAGCAGAGGUCACAGCCUCGCGCUGCGCCAGGGGAGGGUCAGGCUGGACUUGAGGAAGAAUUCCUGCAUGGAGAGGACGGUCAGGCGGUGGAAGGGGCUGCCCAGGGAGGUGCUGGAGUCACCCUCCACGGACUGGAUGGGGCACUCAGUGCUCUGAUUUAGCUGGCCAAGGUGGUGAUUCCCUUCUUCCAUGCUCUGGAGGCCCUGAACUCAGCAGCAGCAGGGUGUCACUCCUGGGGCAGGGCUGGCCCAAAGAUUGGCGUCCUCAGCAGAGGAGAGGCUUGUGAGUUUGCAGGAUGGGUUUGUUCAGUGGCUCCUUUUUCCUUGUAAAAACAGCAUUUUCAAGUGAUUUCUGGGGAAAGGUUUAUCUGUGUACAGACUGUCAAUUUUAAAAAGUGAAAAUCACCCCCGAAAAAUAAAAGCUAUUUUGUGUAUGGAAAGAAACUUUUACAGAUGCUUCUAAUUUAUUUUAUAUCCACGGCCCUCCUAAUGUAUCCUCCUUUAUCUCGGCACUCUUCAAGCCACGCAGUUUUCUCUUGUCAGUGCAAGGACGAGCUGCCAGGACUGCAGGGGAGCUCCAAAGGACAAGUGCACCCACUGCUGAUGGAUAAGCUGGUCUGGUCUGUAUUGUUUUCCUUCAGGAAUGCGGACGUUGUGCUCGGAAUUCCGGAGAAGCGGAAAAUAAAAUGACUUUAAAAUGAAAAUCUGUGUUUUCCUGUGUGGCACUUGGACGUUUCCAAGAACAUUCAAGCCUUUCCUGAGCCUCCUCAGGCUGCUGGUGCUUGGG